UGGCCGUGUCAGCGUGGUGUUUGUAAUGUGCUCUGUGAUUAAUUGGGAAAAAAAUAUGGGUAAUGCUGAUGUACAGUUAGUUGGUGGUCCUUGUGGACAACAUGGACCGUAUACGUUUUACAAGGCCUUUAAAUAUAACAAAAACGGAAUUUGGAGAAUAGUAACUUUAAGUGAAUUUUUCUUUGUUAAAAUGUGGCGAGACAGUGAUUUAUUGUGCAUCGGUGAAUUGCAAUUACUUUGGAUUGAUAAAAAUAGUGAACAAGUGUUAGCUAGCCUCAGACUUUAUUUUUUGCCGGAAAAUACGCCAGAAGGACGUUUGGAUCAUGGAGAGGACGAAGUCCUGACAAUUUCCGAAAAAGUGGUGAUACGAAUCGAAGAUUUGAUAACGUGGAUAACUGUGGAAGCGGAAUGGACGUGGGGGCGAUUAGCGAUAUCCCAACAAAGUGUUAAACCUGCCGAAGAUGAUUCUUGCGAAGACAAUGUUCCUCCAAGGAAACCUGCCGGAAUCAGCUUCACGAUAAGCGACAAUGGACUCGAUUAUGCAGACGUUGAAGCCGAAAAGCAAGUUUUAGAAGAUGAAAAAACUUUGAUAGAUCCGCACGUGGUAAUUUUAAGUUUUCCAAAAUACUGCCGCUAUAGGGCCAUGAUGAAACGCCUUGAUGGCGUAGAAGACGUUUACCUCAAGUACAAAAUCGUGAAUGCGUUGGGCGGAUUUUACGUUAUUCAUCCCAAUACCAGGGUGCUCUUCUGCAGGGAUACCUUCGAUUAUCCCGAAUUGGAAGGUCACGAAUUAUUGUGCAAUCAUCUUGCGCCGAAAUUAAAAGGCCGACCUCGUGGGAAGCGGAAAAAACGUAGCGUUUCCCCGGGAUCUGAGAGCAAUGAGUCUGAAUCUUCAAUUACCAUUACUACGAAGGUGGAAGGCAGAAAUAGUCUGCAAUUGAAUCCUUCCGGAAAUGUACCGCGGCGAAGCACGCGAUGUCACGAAAAUAAUGAAAACAAAGAAUUCGUAAGAAAACUUGGAGCUUUCAUGAAAUCUAAUCGCACACCCAUAGGAAGAAUACCAUCGUUAGGAUAUAAGGAACUGAAUCUUUAUGAAUUUUUCUCAAGAGUACAAAAAUUAGGCGGUUACGACUCUGUAAGCUCGAACCGUUUGUGGAAAUCAAUAUUUGAUGAAAUGAGUGGUCAUCAAAAUAGUACAAGUGCAGCUACAGUUAUAAGACGUCAUUAUGAAAGAUUCUUAUUGCCGUACGAACGUCAUAUGCGAGGAGAAGAAUACAAGCCAUUACCAGUUUCGGAGAGAAGAAGAUUGAAAUACAAACGAGGCAGCACGAGUAUAAGUGAUGCCGAAUCAAGUAGUGAUAGUGCUUCGAUACCAUCAACGUCGAGAAAGUCUUCCGUUUCUGGAAACUCAAUUGAAAUUAAGGACCCUGUGAAACCCGAAGCAAAAACGUCAUCUUUAAGAAGCGUUCGCGUAAAACCCGAUCGGCAGAAGGACAAGCAGCUUCAAAGUGAAAAGGACAACGUUGUUACAAAUAACAACAAUAACAACAAUGAAAACUGGCAAUCUCCGCUUAAAACUAGCGAUAUCAACGAUUUUAAAUCAACCGUAGAAAAACUCGUAAUCAAAACUGAAAGCAUGACCGUCAAAACAGAAUUGUCCACCGUAAUUACCCAAACUCAUCCUGUUAAAAUAGAAUACCAAACCGUUAAAAGUGUUAAAAGUGAGAGCGAUGAUAAUAAAAAUGCCGAAAUUACGUACGAAAAUAAAAAUAUUCCAGUCACAAUAUCGGUGAAAAUCGAGACCAAUUUAACGACUGAAACAAAUCCAGUUAAACUCGAAGACAGUUCAAUCAAAAUUGAAAACACGUCAGUACCUGUAAAAACAGAACUGGAAACUAAGGAAAUGAAGAUUGAAAUGAUUCCGAUUCCGAUCAAAACGGAACCAGACACUUCAGCUGUCACACCGGUAGCUAUUAAAGUACCGGUGAGUGAAGUAAUGUCACCCGUAGAGGGUAAAGAGAAUAUUCCAUUGAUCAAAUCAUCGGAAAACAAUCUUGAAAUCAUAGAAGUACCAUACAGGCCGAAACCUAUCGAAACUAUUGAUCUCGAUAACGAAACUUAUAGAAAUAAUUUUAUUCAUGAAAUAAAGAAGAGGAAAUUAGAUAUUUUGAAGGAAGGAGGCUUAGAAGUAACCCCUGUAAGGUCUGCACCGAGUAAAGAUGGUCGGCCGUCGGUUAUUCAACAUAUAACGCCGCCUAUUCAUUUCGUACCCAAACCCGUUAAACCUGAAGCAAUGCCGCCACCUACUAGUGUAAUUCCAUUGAAACGAACCCACAUAACAGUUCCUCAGACUUUAGUGAAUAUAACACCGACUACUCCAACUAAAAAACCUUCGACUUCCUUUCCAUUCGUUAACGGUACUCCACCGAAAGUCGUGCAAUCUAGAUCGAUCUAUUCUUAUUCGGAAAAAACUGUUUACGGUAAUCCUAAAGACAUUUUGAGUCCAAUGGUUCACGCGCCUAAAUUCGCGAAUUCUCCUUCUAGACUAACAACAGGUGGAGACCCGGUGGAUUUAUCUGUGAACAGUCCGCAAAAACCUGUUGUGGAAAUAAUGCGAAUGCCUCAAUCUUCGUCUAGUUCCAGCUACAAUCGCGAUAGUGUUACGAAAAACUUGUAUAAAACCAAUUCUUCCAUCAUGGAUGGGAGACGAUUGGGUCCAAAUUUAGAAAUAACCCUCGUAGGACCAAAUAAGAACUACCCAAAUACGCAGAAAAUGUACCAACCAUCUUCUUCAUCUCAUAUCCAGCAUGCUUCAGCUCAAAAACGACUUUCUGCAGACUAUUUUACACCAUCUUCGAAAAUAACGAAAGAAGAAAAUGGUAAAUACAAAUCCAACAAGCAAAAUAUCGAGAUGAAUAUGUUUGUGAACUCUUCGACCAGUCGACAGAACCAACCGAAUUUGAAAAACUUUUCUAAUCCAAACUUAACGGCUUUCCCGCCGUAUUUGACGCAGCUGUACGAGCAAGCGAGUAAGAGUUUGCCGCCUUAUUUGCCUUUUAUUGAUCCUACGAUGUAUUACACUGCCGCCAUGCAGAAUUUGUAUUCGAAUAAUAGUUUAAAUUCCGCGCCGAUUUUACCGAUUCCUACUGCCGAACAACUCAAAUUGUACGCGGAGUUGAUGGCGCACGGUAGAAUGCCGUAUCCGUUUCAGUUGCAACAAGAUAAUAAUAAAAUGAAAAAGCCUUAAAGCGUUAUUAAAUUAUUUAAUAAGUAACAGUUGUAGGCAGAGCUGGGCAAAGCACUCGAAAAAAGUACUUCAAGCCCUUUGAAAAAGUAAUUAAAAGCAUCAAGAUCCAAGCGCUUUAGAAAUUUUGAGUGUUUGCAAUUACCAAGUGGCGAGAAAAGUAAUUGCAUGAUUUAAUUACCAAGCACCAGUUACUCAAAACCUUAACUGCAAAAUUAUUAAUGACGAAAUGUCUUUUUGACCAGUGUACUCUUAUUGAUUUUUAUCGCUGUUGUAAGUAGUUGUCAUAAUUGUAAUUUUAGUGCAAAAAUGGCAAAUAUAGUAUAUUUAAUUUUUUUCUCGAAUCUAUUAUUUAUUAUUAAUUUUAUUGUACUAGCAUUAUCUAUGUACAAAGUUGGUCGAAUGUUUGAAGAACUUCCUCCGAUUUCUUUUAACAAUCUAUGAAGCCAUAUUAAUUCUUUUGUAGCUGCACUAGCGGCUAUGUACGCUGCUUCUGUGGUCGAAAGAGAGGUACUUUUCUGCUUCUGAGUAAACCACGUUAUAGCAGAGUCUGAAAACUUUGCAACCACACCAGUUCGUGAACGUCUAGUUUCCGGAUCACCUCCGUAAUCUGCAUCACUAAAGAUAUAUAGAACAUUCGAUAAAAAAGUUCGAAGGCAAUGUACUACCUCAGACUUUGUUUUAAUGAAGAACACCCUACGAAAUUUUGAGAAGUUAUCCUUGAAAACAACAUAGUACUUAGCUCCACCCAAAGAUACCUCUUGCAUGGGGGCCCGCAAACGUCUGCAUAAAUCAGAUCACCUGCCUUUGUAGGUCGAGACAUACGAUUUUUGAAUGGCAACCUAUGCUGUUUACCCAAAAUGCACCCUUCACAGUAAUCAUCAGCAUUUUCGUGAACUAUUUGUAUAUCAUGUCUUUUCAAAAUUUCCUUAAUAUGCUUUUUAUUUUGGUGGCAAAGCCUUUCGUGCCAUAACUGAAUAUUGCCAAAGACGAAGCUACACAUAAAACUGCAGGAACUGAGGCAACACAAGCUUUCAUGUCUAAAACAUACAGUCCCUUCGAAGCUCGUCUUCCAGAUAUUCUUGUUAAACCGUCUUUCAUAACUGCACAUCCAUUACAAUCUGCUUGAAACUGAAAACCUUUACUAAUGGUUUGUCCCACAGAAAACAAGUUUCUACCUACAUCUGGAACGUACCAUACGUUUUCAAGGUGGUUUUUCUGCCAUCCGUUUAAGAUUUUCAUUUGGACAUUGACUGAUCCAUGCCCAAAUGCCAAAAUAACAUCACCAUUUCCAACUUGUAUUAGUUUUUGUGAAAUAAAUGGCUCAUAUGUAUUAAAAUAAUUUAUAUUACUGGUCAUGUGUGCCGAUGAUCCAGAAUCAGCCAACCAUUGCUCAGAUUCAGAAAUAUUCUCAUAUUUAUUUAUCUCUACACAUGGAAAUGUGUCUCCAUUUAAUUUAGUAGUUUCUUUUAAGGAUUUAUUUGGAUAAUUCUUAGCAAAAUGACCUAUUCCGUGGCAUUUAUAACAUUUUCUGACACGUUUUCGCCACUUUUUAAUUUCCUUAUUAUGAUUUGCAGUCUUUUUCAUAACCAAAGCAGAUGAUGACUCUCCUUGUGAAGAUUUUUCAGGUAACCUCAUCUCUAUCAAAUACAGACGUUCAGUAAGCUUGCUGAUAUUUCUUUCAUCAAUUUGGAUCGACUCCCAAACGGAUUUAAAUUCAAAAUAUACCGCUGGUGGUGUAGACAUAACUCCACUCAUUACCAUUAAAUCUGGUAGAACAGUCUUAAACUAAUCUUUUUAAUUCGUCAUUGAGCUCCGUAAAAUUUCUCUGAAGAUGAAAAAUGUGGGUAACUAUAUCGACACUAGGGUCUAUUUGAAAAGUAAAAAAUCUACAUAAAUAAACAUGAAUUUUUUUCAUAUGAACAUAGGUGCAGAAAUGCAUAACUUUUUUUAAAAUCCGUUUUUUAUAAAUAUUAAUAGCAUUUACCAAAUUUUGUUAAAAUUUGGCAGUGUUGUUUAAAAUAAUAAGGGGCCAAUUUAGCCCCAACAAUAUAAAAAUUAUUAAUUUCAAUGGGGUCCCAAACAACGUAUAAAUGUUGAACUUAUAAGGUUGUGACUGAAAAAACCAAAAUAAUUUGAACAGGAAAUACGAAGUUUUUAUUUGGAAAUCACUACAGCAAAAAUAUAUCCAAAACCAGACUGACUUUUUAUAUAAACUCAAAACUGACAAUACCCAUUUCAUAUACAGUAUGUCUAAAAUAAUAAUACAAAUCAAAUGUAAUUUUUCAACUUCAACAAUAAAUAACACUGUCAAAUUUUAACAAAAUCGAGUAAAGGAUAUUAGUGAAAUUUAUAGAAAACUGAUUAAAAAAGUUAACACCUUGUAUCUUGAAGUAUCUUGAAGUAUCUUGUGUAGAAUCACCUCUAAAAUUAUUGGAACUGAAUUUCCGGAUACCCAUGUUCACAUAUUUGAAAAAAAUUUUUUUUCUUAUAUUAGCUAUUUUUGCAUGGUUUUUCAAACUUUGGACUAAAAUGAUUAUGACAACCAUUUACAGCAGUGACCAUUCAAUAAGAGUAGUGUUCAAAAAUACAUUUUGUCGUUAACACUUUAUUCACAAAAUUUCGCAAUGAGACUAUAAGAAAUUUGUAUUUAAAUGAAAAACAACAAACUAAAUACAAAAAGCAGUAAUAAUUCAUAAGCAAGCACUUAAUCUAAUUGUACUUGCAAGUCCUUCAGUGCUUGCAAGCUCUUUUGAGUACUUUCAAUCACUUUAAAUGGCUUGAAAUGUGAUGUUCAAUUACCAAGCACUGUUUAUAAAUAACUUCAAUUACCGAACACUGUAUUUUAAAAGUGCUCGAAGCAUUAUUGUGCUUCAAGUACUUUUCGAGGCAAUUACUGCCCAGCUCUGGUUGUAGAUGGGUUCAUGGUUCGGUAUAAUAAUAAACAUUAUUAUCUCAGUCAAAUAGGGAUUCAAUCUUGGAAUGAAAGAUAAGCUGUAAAUAUGUAUAAAUCUAUUUUUUGACGUUUUUUAAGUUAUCCCAAAAGUCUCAUAGAAUCUCGUGUACGCAAGUCAAAAUAUUUAUGGUCAUAGGCCACAAAAAUAGUUUUUAUAAAAAUCUCGUUUCUAUGCUCCAAAUCGCAUUUGGAUUUAUUUGAAAAGUUGUAGAGCAGAAAAUUUUCUAUAACUUUUGUUUCAAAUAAUGUUUUAUAUAUGUUCAACCAUUCUUGAGUUAGAGUUCAACGUCAACUGUGGAAUUCAACAAAAAAUAUGAGGUGGAAUUCCGUUUCACAAUUCGACUCGAAUUUGUUAUCAAAAUUCAUAAUAGCAAUUCUGUUUAACGAAAUUCGACAAUAAACACGAUUAUGUAUGAAUUGUAAAAAUGUCCUGUAAAUAUAAUAUUUCACAGUAAUAUUUCUGAAAUAAAAAUUUGACAUCUUUCAGAAAUAAAUGAACUCCAGUUUUGUUUCAUAUUAUGAAACGUUAUAGAAACGUUUCUAAAAUAUUUCUGGAAUACCAAUGCAAAAUGAAUGCUAUAUUAUACUGUAAUAUUUUUAUUAGACUAACAAAAGACAUUUGAAAAUAUAGAUGUUUAUUUAAAAUACACAAAACAGAAAAAUUGAUUCUUAAACUAACAAAUAAUUUUUAAACAUUAUUUCAUAAAAUACAGGGUGUUAAAAAAAAGUGUCACAAAAUAAAACGGGGGGUAGUAUGGGCCAAAAUAUGCAGAAAAGUCUUAAUAAACAUAUGUCCGCAAAUGAAUGGUUUCAGAGAUACGGAGUGUUUUGUAUCAUUUUUUGAUUAUCUUUUUUCAUUCUCAAAAACUUGCUUUUCUUAUCGGAGUCUACCGAUGUUUUUUCAUAGAUACUAUUUGCAACUAUUAUUUUGUGGGUGAAUAAUUUUAUAAAUUUUCGUUAUGCCUGUUUACACUAAUAUUGAAUUAGCUGACAUGCAUUUUAUGUACGGUCGUGCAAAUGGCAAUGCAUUGAAAUGGAGAGAGGGCACUUUGAACAUCUCAUUUAACUCUAUGUUGUUAUUGAUUGUUUAUAAAUAUCAUUGUUUUUUUAUAAUAAUAAAAAAUUGUUAUAAACACAAAAUGGUCCGUAUCUCCGAAACCGUUAAUUAGCGGUCAUAUAUUUAUUAAGACUUUUCUGCUUAUUUUGGGUCAUACUAUUCACCAUUUCAUUUUGUGACACUUUUUUUUAACACCCUGUAUAAAGGCGGCUCGCUUCAUUUCCACAAAUUUUUUAAAUGCACUAAUCUAAAACAAAUAAUUUUAAAUGCCCCAAGUAAAGAAAUAUUUACGAUUAUUACAAUCUGAUCAUUAAGAUCAAUUAGCAAUUUUAUUCUAAUCUAACUUAUAAAGGGAUGAAAAACUUCAUAAACUAAAAUUCUCUUCACUAGUAUAUCUUCUUAGAGUCUAAUUAUUUAGUUACACUAGCGUUAACGUAUAACACUUAACGGUACUAUACUCUGCUUAAACAUCACUGAACUAACUAAAAAGGCUUGUUUAUUUUGAGUCUUCUUGUUGGAUUGGCAUUGUUGAGGAGCUGGAUAAUCUCAAGGUUUCCAUGUUGGAGCAGUCGUUGAUGACUACUGGCAAAUUUUUGUGUUGUAUUUUCAACAGUCUCCACUUUAAGGUCCCUAUGAACAUCAGUAUUAUGGCAGUACCAGGGUGCGUCGACGAUGUUACUUAAUACUUUAUUCUGCAAACGUUGAAUAACUUCGAUGUUACUUUUACUGGCACAGCUCCAAAGCUGGCGAAUCGCUUCAUUUUCACUAAUUCCUUUAAAUACACUAAUCUGAAACAAAUUAUAGGUAAUUAAAAAGGUCUAUUAAUAUUGUUUUAAAUUAACUAUAAUAAAACAAACAAUAUUUAUGCCUACACAUAACAUACAUCUCCACUUUUCAAUCAGCUGUAGAACUAUUAAAUAAAACUGGUGGAGGGACAGCAAAUGUAGGGUAUAUUUAAAUAGAAAUAAGACUUUAAAAUGCCUAUUAAUUUGAUAAACGAAAUGGCGUAACUCAUCUCGGAGAAGAGAUAAAGUUAAUAAACUUAACCUAAACAAGCAUUGUAAUACUCGCCUCAAUUUCUAAAGACAUAUUCUGCCUAUUCUGCUUCCCAUAUAACAACAGCACAACGCAAAAAUAACAAAAGAAAAGGAAAUGGCAAAAACCGACAUUCAAAUCUAUAAUUAUUUAGAAUAAAGGGUUGUCUCUGGCUGGACAUAGGAUGAAAUAAAAUAACUACAUAUCCCAUCUUGAUCUUCUUACAAAUCAGAAAUUCUUCAUUAAGUGUUGGCUUUUUACAACAUAACCCGUUUAGUAACCUUUUGUGUAACAUGUAUACCGUGUUUCAGAAACAUUUUCAGUGAAAUAUUUAACUAAAAUAUUUCAGAAACUUGUGCUUGAAAUGUUAUGUUUGAUACGUUUGAAAUAUUUCUGAAACAGUUCUAAAAUAAUGUAUGCUGUAUGGGGUAAUACCCGUUUUUUGUUUUACUUUUAAAUGUGAGGUCUGCAUUUUUUAUAAACCCUUCUUCAUUGCCACCAUGGAGAAUUAUGUGUCGAAUCCCAUCUCCUGUUUUUUUUACUUGCAGUAGCCAUCUUGCCAACUUUUUCUGGCACUUCCUUUGCUAUAUACCCACGUCUCAUUCAUAAAUACAGGCUUAAAGUUACUAUCUCCCUGUUAAAAUUUUUCAAAAACAACAUUUUUUUUAACCGAAUCGAUGUUCGUUUCAAUAAAAACUCUGUUGUUACUUCUUUUAGAGCAAAAGCCAAUACUUCGAAUCCAUGUAUUAAUUGACCGUGCAUCUUACAAGUUAUACAUUGCCUCAACUUACUUAAUAUUAAAGAAUUGACUUUUGUUUUACUUUGGCUUACUUUUUUUAGUCAUUAUUUUCACAUACUCUGUAUCAGAAUUUGUUGGUAUACUAAGUCUAUAGAUAGUUUUCUGCGAAAUAUUUAAUACCUCUGCAGCAAUUUGAUUGUACCUCUUUCCAAGAGCCUCGCAAAUAGAUUUGUGUUUCUUAAAAUAGGAAACUACGUUUAGGAUUAAAGUUUUUGAUUGAUCACUAGAUCGUUUCACCAUUUUGUUGAAUACUUUUUGAAAUAUCAAAAUAUACAAAUUUUUGGCAAAUUCAAAAUUAUUUUGAUAACUGCCACCUGACAUAAUAACAUGAUGUUUCAUCCAUUUUAUAUUUAAAAAAUAAAGAAAGCGAAUAGGCUUCUGGGGUAUUUUCGAGACUUUACUAAAACUGCCAAAUUUGAUAAACUCGUCACAUUGAAUGGGAUAAAGUAAAUUAACUUAAACUACUUAACUUACGUAAAAGCUUUUUUUCUGUAGGAAACUUACUUCAAUUUUAAAAGAUAUAUUCUGCUUCCCGCCCAACGGGUCAAACAAGAAAAAAAGCAAAUGGCAAAAACGAACAACCCAAAUUUCCAAAUAUUUGAAAUAUAGGGUUGUCUCUGCUCUGGAUAUUAGGCAUUCCAAACAAAAUGGCUACCAGUGGGUUUUGACAGCUUAUGAUAUGGCAACCCUGUAGGCCUGGUGAUUUGAGAGGGUCAAUGUAAUAGAUAGUUAUAUAGAUUGUUUAUCCAUGUUUUUCAAAAUAGGCAUAAGCUUGUGCCUUAAAGUAAAAAUGUAGGUAAUUAUUUUUAUUUACAACCAUAUAUGUAAUGUUGUCAUUACUAACGUCAUUGAAGGUUGGGAAGUGUCACAUUACACACCUCUACUUCCCGCCCUCACUCCCCGCCCUCAUUUCAUCUAUUCUAGAUGAAUAUUUUUUAUAUUUAAAAAAUAACACAUUUUUUUGACUAAUUUUGUAAUACCUAUUUAAUGGCAAACAAUAAAAAACAACAAUGAACUAAAAUACAACAAACUACUUAUUGAUAUUUAUUAUUCGCGAAUUUAAUAUCCGGCUUUAUCUGACAUUUAUUUAUAUUGGUGACAGUUGUUUACCCCGUAAUCACAGUAACAAUAUAUUUACUUAUUAUUCUGAGAAAACCGCGCACUUGGUAAUUUUUCGUUAAAUGUAAUAUUUUAGGUAUGUUCAGAACGAAACAGAGAUUUAUUAACUUUGAUCCAAAUAUGAUGGUUGUAAAUAAAAUAGUAUACAAGCCUCGGUAGGAAGUUUCAUUCCUGUUUCGAGAUCUUAGCUAACCUCGACGCUUCGCGUCUCGGUGAUCUAACUAAUCUCACGACAGGAAUGAAACUCUUCCCACCUCGGUGUGUAAUAUACUAUUUUUACUAUAUUCAAAGCCUGAAAAUUGGUUUGUAAACACAAUUUUUCUAAACCUUUUCUGUUUAAUGAGCACUUGCCAGGCAAUAUGACCACUCGCAAACAAUCCGCUUUGAGCAAUCUAUAUAACUAUAUAUGUAUCAUUGACCCUGUCACAGGGUUGCCAUAUCUAAACUGUCAGUUACAGCAUUUUGACAGGUCGUUGGAAUUCCUAAUAAGAAUACAACACAAAGACGCACUGAUCUGAUCAGUGCAAUGACUAUAUGACCUAUCUUCUUCUUACAAAUGAUAAUUUUUUUCAUUAAGCCUUGGCUUUUUACAACAUAACCCCUUUUAUAUCAUAACAUGUUUCAGGAACAUGUUUAGUAAAAUUUUUAACUAAUAUAUUUAAUAAAUAUUUCAGAAGUUUAUGCUUGAAAGGUUUGAAAUAUUUCUGAAACGCUUCUGAAAUAAUGUGUGAUGUAUGGGAUUUAUGAGAUUUAUAGAUGAAGAAACACAGGAAAAACCUCACCCAUAGCCAUAAAAAAUAAAUAAAGAAUUGAAGUCAAGGCUAAACAUAUACAAUUAUGUUUGUUGUUUAAAAGUCAGAGUAGUUCGAAUGCUUCAUUAUUUUGUCGAAACAGAUCGAGCUUUUCAUAAUGGGAUCGAAUUAUGAAUCGUAUCAAGAUCGAUUUACUCGACACAAAACGGAAUCCCACCCAUGAUUUAUAAUGUUAAUUAUUUACUAAACAUUUUAUUUUAAACAUUUUCAAAUAUUUACUAUAGGGUGUCCAAAUUUGACCUUCGGUUUUAUUUUAAUUAUAAAACACAGAAAACUCUUGAAAUGUUAUAAUAUUAUUGUAUUAUUUUAAAGUUUAAAUGUUACGGUUAAUAAUGAAAAAUGAUAUCCGGCAUGUGACCCCUCUGCUUCUUUAGCAUGCUAACAUUCUUUUUCCAAAAUUUUUAAUAACCUUUUCGCAAACAUUCUGUUCAAUUUCUUCAAUUUUUUGAAUAAGGUUAACUCGAAGCUGUUCAGGUAUUUGGGGAUUAUUAGCACAAACUUUUCUGUUCAAAAAAACCCAUAGGAAAUAAUCGAAUGGUGUAAGGUCACACGACCUAGGCAAACAAUUAACCUCGGCUCCUCGAGAAAUUAUUCGAUUGCCAAAUCUCUCCUAAAAGAUAAAGUGUUCUAUCCGAUGUGUGGCAAGUAACACCGUCUUGUUAGAACCACAUUUUUUGGAGAUACAUACCUUCUAAUUCGUUCCACAAAUAAUUCUAAUCAUUGUCCCGUAUCGCGCUCCAUUCACAAUUAUCGCAUCACCAGCUUCAUUCUGGAAAAAAUAAGGACCAAUAACGCCACCAGACUAAAAACCACACCACACAGUCACAUUUACUGGAUACAGUCGUUUUUCCAAUAUUUUUCUUGGAUUUUCUUCAUCCCAUAUUCUGAGAUUUCGCUGUUGAAAUCUAUUCAUAAAACUCUCAAUAACUUUAACAAAUGGUGCUAAAUUUCUUCCGAAAUGCGUACGACAUCUUCUUGCAGUUUUAGCAAAACAUUUCCCAUUUCGUUAAUAACCAUGGAGGAAAGAUAAUUAAGAAUUGCAGAUUCCACACAUAAAUUUGGCAACAUGUUUGCCAUCAGCGACAUAUUUUGUGCAACUAAUACUCAGUCGGUAAUACAGAAAGCUGUAUAUUUUAGUUUGAAAAUUGGCGGGCUUUUGAAUUUACUUCGACAAAAUAUAAGAAUUUUACAUUUUCACUAGCAUUUUUUUAAUGCCAAUAAAAAUGUAAAAUUUUAUAUUAAAUAAUUUUAGAGGUGUAAAAUGAGAUAUUUUAAAUAUAUUUUAAUAAUUAUAUUUGGAUUUACCAAUUUAACUUAUUACAAUUAAAAUCUAAAUGUGAGGGGGAUUUUUAUCGUUUUUCUUCUUUGGUAGUUUGACUUCAUUGUCGUCAUCCUCCUCUGUUACGUUUGACUCUAAAGCUUCAAGCAUUGCAGUCCUGAUUUUCUGCAGCCGCAACUUGAUCCACAACCUUUCUUACAAUUGCAAAAUAUUGUAUUGGUACUGGCGGUAAUAAUAUUGUUAUUUUGCAGUAUCCACCUCCAUUCCUAGGGUUCUAAAUCAUUCCCUAACCAAGUUUAGGUCUGAUAAUAGACAAGAGUGAUAUGUUGUCGAGCUGCUGCACUUGUAGGUGAAAGGGGUAUUAAUGUAUUUUGAGAUAUAAUGUAGGUACAUAGUAAUAUAGGUAUUCAAGAGUUUACUCUAUUAAAAAAAAAAAAUAUUUAUUUUUCUUCCUACUUAAAAUAUAAUUUAUGAUAUAUACAAUUAUUAUAAAUAUAAAUUAAGUAAAUAUUAUUAAGCGAAUUUCAUAAUUAACAAUAUAAGUCAUACUUAUUUGCUGAAUUCCACAGUUAACCUUGCAUCAUAAUAUGUACAAUUAAGCGCCACUAACUCUUCGCUUUAACUCAAGAAAGGGUCGAAUGUAUAAAAUAAUGAGUAUUAUCUACUCUAUUACUUUUCAAAUAAAUCCAAAUGUUAAGCUCAUAGGAAACGAAAUAAUAAUAAAAAAAUUAUUUUUGCGUACACGAGAUUUGAUUAAACUUUUGAGCCAACUCAUAAAAUGUCAAAACAGAUUUAUACAAGUUUACGAGGUUUACCCCUUUUUAAACCUCAUAUGACUGUAUUAAUAUUGGAUUUAAUGGUAUUCAAUUUUUUCCGAUUUCUUAACGCUACCAGUUUCGAAUAACCUAAUUGUUUGUGGAUUUACUGUCGAUAAAAAUUUGUUUGUGUGUAGAAUAUUGAUCAGAGCUCGGAAUAAUAUAAUUGAUGAUGGUAAAUUACGUCAUGAACUAUUAACAUACGGGCUCUGGUUAUUGGAGUGGCAGGCUUCAAUUUUAUCUGACACUUAAAUGGAAAAUUUAACCGCAUUGCCGACACAUUAUUUCGUAUUUACAAUAAUGACAAUGAUAUUAACAUUAUUUAAAACAUAUCUAAACAACCAAAUUAGGAGCAGCCACUAGUCAUCAAAUUCACAGUACUUCGGAUUAAAUUGAACACAUGAAAAUCCAAUAUGCCGAUCACAUCUCUAAACCAACCGUUUUUAAACAGCUGUUACUUAAUAAUACCUUACAUUCUGCUGGUUGUUGUUCAGUAGUGAUUUAUUGAAAAAUAGCUUCGCUAAAUCUUUUAGCUUUUAGCUGACUUUUAAAACUUUUUUCUAGAUAACAUUCCACCUCAUCACUUUCUUUAUAAAACGACCAGUAAUCAAAUUAGUAGCUGAUUUCUUUUAUUAAAUUAUUUUGCCAAAAUUCGAGUGACAUCUUUUGCAUUUUCAGAUUCAUUUAAAAAACAAAAAAUGUUUGUUAUUUAUAAGCGCAAUAUAUUGUAAAUAAAUAAAGUUGAAAAUAUGGAAGGGAAGAUAAGCUUUCUUGGCGUGUUCUGUUAUAAUUAAAAGAAUAACUACAACAAAUAAUAAUAAUAACGGUAUUUAUAAAAUUUAUUUCGAAUAAAUAAAUUAAUGUUAUGUUACUCUGUUACACUCUUGUUUCUUGAAUAAAUAUUUUUGUUAUUUAUAAAAUUUGUUUAAAACAAACAUAGUUUUAAGUUUUAAGUACAUUACUGUUAUUUAAAAAUGUAAAAAUAUAUCUUGGACACACCGAGAAAGCAUUAUCUGGAAAUAACAAGUUUGAAAACAAAAAAAUUAAUAAAUUAUUAUUAGUAAAUAUAAAAAAGUUCAAUAAUUCGAAAUGGUUCAUCUUCUGUUUUUAAUGAAUAAAUAAUUUAAAAAAUAUAUUUUCGUUAAAAUACAAAAAUAUUGUCCCCGUUUUUUAAUUUUACUAAAUUAUAAUUUUAUUAUAAUUAUUUAAAACUUAAAAAUGAAGUCGAAUGUAUACUAAUUAAAUAUAUAUACAUUCGACUAUAAAUUGGGAAAAUAUAUUUUUAUUUCAAACUUGGAUUUGAGUAAAAGCGACUUUUAUAAAUUGGUCAGGUUAAACCUGCAACCUUUAUGAAAAUUAAAACUAUUCAUUUUAAUGUUUAUGAAAUUGUAGAAAUUGUCAUUUAACUUGCUUUUUAUUCUAUUUUAUGAAAUUCUCGUCUUUUUUGCUUAGGUUUAUUGUAAAAAUGUCAUUUACUACGUGUUUUUUCUUGUAACAAAUGAUAAAUGUUAUUUUUAGGAUUGUACAUAUAAUGGCCAGAUUUAAAUUAGUGUCUGUGAUUUUAUUAUAUAUAGAUAUACCAAAUGGAGUUUUGUACAUAAAUAUUAAUUCCCUAUUUUUUAGAAUUAGUCAAUUACUUUAGUUUUUUAAAUGUAUAAACUGUUAACUUUUAUAAUUAAGCAUUGGUUUAUUUUGUUGAUAUACCUUCAAUUGCAAAUAUACAAUUAUUACAUUGUAAAUAUGUUUUUUUUUUUAAUGACAACCAACUUGGAAUAAAUUAGAAGGUGCUGUGGAAAUUUGUAAAAUCGAAAAGUUUUUUCAUCAGGACUGAAAUGUGUCCAAUCGUCCCCCUUCGAACGUUUUUUAAUAGAAAUGCUAAAAAUGAGUAGUCUCAGUUUUUUUUUAUUAACUUUUUACGUCCUAUUUCAAUGC